CAACGUUUAUCUUCUGCUUCUCGGUGUACUCUAGCGGUGUAUACUUAGCGGUCUGAGGCAGCGGUGACCGAGAAGAGCUGCAGGCUGAGGAUAUACCAAAGUCUCUAUAAGUCACGAUUCGCCGAGGAGUAAAACUCUAUCUGCUGAUUUUCAUGGAGCUUACUCCAAAAGUUCGUUUUUGGCUUCAGACUGACUUCUAAUUCCAACGAAAUUCUGAAGAAUUUUGCUUUCUCUCCACGGCUGCGCAGAUCCAGUGACAGCAGAGUUGCGGUUCUCAUUCUUUUGCGCUGAGAAAAUGGACAUGAGAUCAGGUGUUAUCUUUCUAUGCACCCUGCAAGCAGCCCUUCUUCAGAUUCUAACCCCACGAGGACCACGCCCAUUCCCGCCAAAUCCAGGCAUUGGACCACAAAUCCCCGUUAAAGACAAUGAGUCGUCAGAUCCAACACCAAAACCGAUUGUCCCGACUGACGGUCCACGUCCCCCAUAUCUUGGUUGUGAUGAAACAAUUGAGUGUCCCAUCCACUUGUAUUUCACCAUCGACACCUCGGAAACUAUCGCCUUGCAGGAGUCUUAUCCUGGCUCUCUAGUGGAGUGGGUCAAGGAGUUCACCAAGACUUUUGCUGAGAGGCUGGAGGAUGAGGAGUACAGCAACCAUGUCCACCUCUCCUGGUCUCUAGGUGGCCUACACUACUCCCAGAGCCAGAUACUGUUCAGCCCCAUCACCACCAAGGAGAACUUCAUCAGGCACCUGAGUGGGAUUGUGUAUCUGGGAAAGGGCACCUACACCGACUGUGCCCUCACCAACAUGACCCACCAGUUGAUGCGGCACACCGCUGGAGGGAAGGCUGCGCUCUUCUCUGUGGUUAUCACGGAUGGUCAUGUGACAGGAAGUCCCUGCGGAGGCAUGAGGAAGUCGUCAGAGGCGGCCAGAGAUCGGGGGAUUCAGGUGUUCACCGUGGCUGCUUCCAGAGAGGUGGAGGAGUCGGGCCUGCUGGAGAUAGCCAGCUCCCCUGCUGGGGUCUACCGGAGUGACUACAUGGCGGUGACCAUCGUUGAUAGGAGACCCAAAAUAAUGACCUCUACCAUCGAACGAAUCAUAAAAGCUAUGAAAUACCAAGCCUAUUUACAGUGUUACAAACCUCAGUGUCUGGAGACUCCAGGACCUCCUGGUCCAAAAGGAGACAGAGGUCGUAAGGGAGCAAAAGGAAAAAGUAGUGUUUAUGGUCCGAAGGGUGAAAAGGGUCAGCAGGGAGAUUCUGGUAUCGAAGGUCCCAUAGGACAUCCAGGGACGAAGGGGGAGAUUGGUCUAAAUGGGGACAAGGGUGAAAGAGGUCUAUAUGGACAGAAGGGCAUUUCAGGAUUCCCUGGUAGGAAUGGAACAGAUGGGCAGAAGGGUAAAAUGGGUCGCAUUGGAGCUCCUGGUUGCAAAGGAGACCCGGGAGACCAGGGUCCAGAUGGCUACCCAGGAGAGGUGGGGGAGAGCGGACCACCUGGAGCCGAUGGAGAACAGGGAGAUCCAGGUCGCCCAGGGAGACCAGGACCUGUAGGCCCUCCUGGAGAUCCUGGAGCAAAGGGGGAAGAAGGGAUCCCUGGAAGUGCUGGGCUGCCAGGAACCAAAGGAUUAACGGGGGAAAAUGGGCUUCCUGGACAAAGAGGGGACCCUGGUAGAAUGGGAGACCACGGACCAAAGGGAAGACCAGGAAGAAGUGGAAGCAAAGGACAAAAGGGUGAGUUAGGAUCUGAGGGGUCAAGAGGCCCCCUUGGAGCUUCUGGAGACAAGGGGUCAAAGGGGGACUUGGGUCUUCCUGGACCUAGGGGCCAGCCUGGUUCCCCAGGAGAAAAUGGACCACAAGGUGCUUCUGGGGAGGCAGGGGACCCGGGGGUCAGAGGGGAGACAGGUGCUCCAGGACCCAAGGGUGACGUUGGCAGAGCUGGCUUUGGCUAUCCUGGAUCGAGAGGGUCCACGGGGGACAGGGGUGGUAAAGGCGGGGUCGGACCUCGGGGCAGUCGAGGGGAGUGUGGUCCGAAAGGUGGUCUGGGGCCUAAAGGAGUCCCUGGGGAACCAGGUGAGCCAGGUUCAAAGGGAGAGCUGGGAAGCAGGGGGGCCUUAGGAGACCCUGGGUCAGACGGCGACCGUGGACCAGUGGGAGACCCUGGACUUACAGAAUGUGACGUGAUGAGCUAUGUCAGAGAGUCAUGCGGUUGUUGUGACUGUGAAAAGCGUUGCGGAGCUCUGGACAUCGUGUUUGUGAUCGACAGCUCAGAGAGUGUUGGGAUGACCAACUUCACCCUGGAGAAGAACUUUGUGAUCAGCACCAUCAACAGGCUGGGCUCCAUGGCCAGCGACCCCUCGUCUGAGACAGGGACCAGGGUAGGAGUGGUCCAGUACAGUCACAACGGAACGUUCGAGGCCAUCCAACUUGACGACGCAAACAUCAACUCCCUGUCGGCCUUCAAGACGGCGGUGAAAAACCUGCAGUGGAUAGCAGGAGGGACCUGGACGCCCUCCGCUCUCAAGUUCGCUUACGACAACCUAAUCAGGGAUGGCCGGCGCGCUGCCGCCAGGGUGUCCGUGGUUGUAGUCACCGACGGCCGCUACGACCCACGCGACGACGACACCCUGCUCCAGUACCUAUGUAACGACCCCAGCCUGGACGUCAGCGCCAUCGGUGUGGGCGACAUUUUUGGUCAGAAGGAGGAGCCAGAGAGUUUGAUCUCCAUCACCUGCAAGCGCCAAGGACGUGUGGCUGUCAUGAACCGCUUUGCUGACCUGAUGGCCGAGGACUUCAUUGACCAGAUGGAGACCGUGCUCUGCCCUGAGCCUGUUAUUGUGUGUCCAGACCUGCCAUGUCAAACAGAACCAGACCUGGGCAGGUGCAAGGAGCGAGCUGUGGAUCUCAUUUUCCUAUUGGAUGGCUCUGAGCGUCUGGGUGAGAAGAACUUCCAGCAUGUCCUUGACUUCGUGGCGAGGUUGGCGCAUAGCCUAACUCUGGCGAAGGGCAACAAGGACCGCAUGCGCGCGCGACUGGCACUGCUCCAGUACAGCAAGAAUAAGAAUGUGGUGGCCUUCGGUCUCACUCAUGACCUGGAGGUCAUCACAAACGGCCUGGUCAGCAUGUCCUACCUGGACUCCACCUCGGAGCUGGAGCCCGCCAUCGCCUACGCCGUCGACAACAUAGUCAAGAGAGGCACGACGCUCCUGACAAGGAGUAAUGCCGAAGUCUCCUUUGUCUUCAUCACUGACGGCGUCUCCGACAUCACAGACAGCCUCGAAAAAGCGGUCCAAGCCAUGCGCGGGGUACAGGCAGUUACUACGGUAAUCACUACAGGACCUGAUAUCAAUCAGGACGUCCUUUUGAAGCUGGCCAUGGGCGACCAGUUUGCCAUCUUCAAAGGGCUAGACCUGUUUGAUGCCUCCAAGUCAAGCGUUUUUGAACGCUUCUUUAGGUGGGUUUGUUAACAGAGGAUGCAUGUUAUGUGAUGAUCACUUUGUCUUUAUGGGAUAAGGGUUAAGGUUGGGAUGUUAGAAAUGUUACGGUCAUUUUGUUUAUAUAGAGGUUAAAAAGGGUAGGUUGUAAGCUUGCUGGCAUAAAAUGUUUCCACUUGCCUGCUUUCCCAGUUAGCACUGUAUGUGGUCCUGUAUUAUGUGGAUAUGUUGUAUAGCUCAAUGGUGGUAGAGCACUUGACGGCAGACCAAUAGAUUACAGGUUCAAAACUUCUCUGAUAAAAGAAUGAAUACUU